AUGGCAGAUCUCAGCAACAUCCUCGCCGCACUGGCGGCGCAGAGGCAAGGGGGCACACCUCAAGCCGCUCCCCCUCCACCUGUUCCAGGUGCUCCUUAUCCUCCGCCUCAGUAUGCCACUCCUCCAGGCAGUGCACCGCCCUAUGGUCUACCUCAGCCCAUCCACUCUGGGAGCGUUGACCUGACCAACAUAAAACCAGUCAGCUCGGGCUCUGUCAGCAUUGCCGAUGCCAUUGCCAAAGCUCGCGGGAUAGCUGCUGAGAAAGGUCUCUCUUAUGAACCAGGUAGACCGCCCAUUAACACAUCCGAUCUUCGUACCGGAAGCAGGACAUACCGCCGCUCGAGGUCACCAUCCCGAUCUCCUCCGCGCCGGGAAGGUUAUCGCGAUGCCUACAAUCCCUACAGGGACGAACGACGCGGGACCGACCGUGGAUACAAUAGAGACCGUUCACUUUCUCCGAGAGGUGGGCGUUAUUCUCCUGGGCGAUAUAGGGACGAUCGAUCACCCGGCCUUGACCGCGGAGGCGAAGGCGACUCGGAAAUACUGCCCCUAGACAAAGGUGUGGUUGGGCUUAUCAUUGGCCGUUCUGGAGAAAAUCUACGCCGAGUUGAAAACACCACAGGCGCCCGCGUCCAGUUUAUGGAUGGCCCCGAAGUGCCGGGUCCGCAACGACACUGCAGGAUAUCUGGCAGCCGAGCAGCGCGUACAGCUGCCAAAGCCGAAAUUUUUAGGAUCAUUGACGACAAUGAAGUUGUAAAGAGAGGGCAAGACAAGUCACGCACCAGCCAAACCAAAGUCGCAAGCACCAAAGAGGGUGAUAGCCUUCAAAUGAUGGUUCCUGACCGAACAGUGGGCUUGAUUAUUGGUCGAGGAGGGGAAACCAUUCGAGACCUGCAAGAUCGAAGCGGGUGCCAUGUAAAUAUUGUCGGAGAGAACAAGAGUGUGAAUGGCAUGCGACCCGUCAACUUGAUCGGCAGCGCGUCGGCUCAGCAAUACGCAAGAGAUCUGAUCCUGGAGAUUGUGGAGAGUGAUCAAAAGGGCAUCAGCAUUAAAGAUCUCCACCGUGAGCGGGAGGACUCGCAAGGCAAGCUCAAUGACAGCAUUGUCGUGCCCGGCGAGGCAGUGGGUAUGAUCAUCGGCAAAGGGGGUGAGUCUAUUCGUGAUAUGCAGAAUCAAACAGGGUGCAAGAUCAACGUCUCGCCCGCUGCUGGACGAGACAUCGAACGCGAAAUUGGUUUGAUUGGCAGUCGACACGCCAUCGAUGCUGCUAAACGUGCCAUCAUGGAGAAAGUUGAUGUUGUGCGUGCCCGAACACAAGCUCGUGAACGUGAAAGUCGCGACGACUAUAUGGACAGAUACCCAGGACAACAGCCCACUUAUCCUCCCGCUGCCGCUGGCGCCGCUCAAGGGGUUGCACCUCCUCCAGCUGCCGGGGCGGCCGACCCAUAUGCUGCAUAUGGUGGGUACCAGAACUACCUUCAGAUGUGGUAUGCAGCCAUGGCGGCUCAACAACAAGGUGGCCAAGGUCAAGGUGAGCAACGAUAA